AUGGCACCGUUCAAGCGGAAAAGAGGCGAAGAUGACGAGGAUGACGAGGAUGACUUGGCUUAUGGGAAACAAAUUCUUCCAGUAGCCAACCUCCCAGACGACUUCGACGAAGAACCACUUGACGGUAUGCAGUAUCUUUUCACUGUGAGACGAGAUGCACGUUACCUUCCGCAUGUCGUUCGAGCGGUCAACCCUUACGAGAUCCCUGAAGUCGCGAAGACUACGAUACAGGAUACCAUCGCUCCUCAUCCGUCGUUGCCAUCUAGAGAAUGGUGCAGACUUCUUGAAACACGAUUGAGCAAUUUUCGCAAGAAUCUAAAUCAACCAACCAUCCAUGUCGGGCCUGCGCACGCUGCUCACCAAAAGCUAAUGCCGGAUAAGAAAGAACGAGACCACUGGUGGGACUUUCUGGCAGGAAAGCCAGAAACUUAUUGGAAUCCUCCAAAGAAAGCGAAACCCCAGCAUCCUUCCACCCGAAAACAAUAUGGACAAGGUCUCCGUGCUUGGGAGAGCCACUCGAUGGUUGGCCCGCCGGAGAUGCAACAAAGUGUCGUUUUGCACGGGAACGACGAUGAUGAGGUCAGGCAACUUCCGAGUGGUGAACCCACAGAAACCCCGCCUUCACCAAAGGGAACAACUGGAGACCUCGAGUGCCCCGAUGAACUUGUCUCUCCAAAUGUUUGGUCCAAACUUCCAGGGCACCCGCCUCGCGAACCAUCUACAACACUUUUGAAGCUUAUCGACGAGCGCAUGGCCUUGCAUCUUCUCAUGUAUUUUACCCACUGGAUUAACCUUUACCUCCAACAACGUGAUCAAGCGCACUAUCCUGAAGAAUCCCAUGCUCGAUGGAUAUUUGCUCUCCUAGCUCGAGUUGAUGAUCAUAUUUCAGCGGAUGAUAUGAACCUUUUACGAAAUGUAGCUCGGGCUUGCUUGGCAUUUUUGAAAUUCUUGAUCAAAGGUCGUAUCACAUCUACUGUACAGGGUCUUUCGCCAACCAACGGUCUGAAUGAACGUUCCUGCUGGAUCAUUGUAUCGACCAUUAUCGGAAAUUGGAAACAACGCGAUCUCUGGAUGGACGCCGAAGACAUGCUCAAAGAGAUGGCCUGUGAGAUUCCGCAAACUGUUGCAUAG